AUGGAUCCUUUGAACAAAGUUGGAGCCCGAUUAUUUCUUUCCACGAAAAGCAGUAUUGAACCAGUAGAAAUUAAUCCUACAACUCUAAUCAACACACGAGUAUUAGAAACCAGUGAUUUUGGUAAAGAAAAAAAGAGCAUUGUAAUCGUUCAUGGCUGGAGAUCCAGUAGUGACGAAAAAUGGAUAAAGACUAUGAUCAGGAGACUUCAUGCUACAAGAGAUGUUAAUAUAUUACUGGUUGAUUGGACGAAUAUCGCUAGCAACUUAAAUUACACUACAGUUAUGAAGAACCUCCCUGCCGUUGCCCAUGAAAUAUAUCAGCUCAUCAGAGCUUUGCGAUUCAAGCAGUGGAACCACAUUACAAAGACAAGUAUUUUAUGGAAUAAUCUGUACUUCAUUGGGCAUGGACUUGGCGCCCAAUUGAGUGGACGUGUUGCGUAUUUGUUGCAACAAAAUACUUUUUGGAAAGUUAAUAGAAUCACCGGCUUGGAUCCAGCACAACUGUGUUUCCCGCACAAUUUCACUGAUUACACACUCGACAAGUCAGACGCUGAUUUUGUGGAUGUUAUUCACUCCAACAUUGACUAUGACAAUUUUCUCCCUUUGGGGCACAUUGACUUCUUUGUGGAUGGUAGAACUCUUAGGCCAAAAUGUGAGAAAUUAGAAUACAUUGAAGCCAUGACGUGCCGUCAAAAACUUUCUUAUAAACUGUAUUUAAAGUCAUUGCCAACGUCGAAGGGUAGUAAUUGCAAGUUGUACGGCCAACAUUGGAAUGGUACCCACGACAGUGCCCUGAAAAUGCUCAAUAGUGUCAAGAAUAAUCAAACUUGCGUUGAUUGUCCGCAAAUGGGAAUUGAUGCCGUUAACAGCGCCAAGAGGGGAACGUUUUUGGUACUUACUUCGGGACUGAACGACACAUGUGCUAAUGACGAUGAUCCCCUAUAA